UUUACAAACCCUAAACCUCUCAACUUUUAAACACAGUCGACGCCUUCCAUUUCAAUUUCAUUCAAUUCUCUCAGACUAUGAAGCUUCUUCUAACUGGAAGGCAUUCAUAUUUUCGUAAUGGCAUUUCAAGAGUUUUUGCUUUCUGGGGCCGUUCCUUCUCCACUACCACUUCAUCUCCUGAUCCCAUCGACUCUCUCCAACUUAGGAUCUCAAGGUCCGGAAACCCUACUUCUUCAAUGGGAACAAUCCUCGAUCAAUGGCUUGAGCAAGGAAGACAUGUCAAGCAGUCUGAACUCCAAGGCUUCAUCAAACAGCUUCGCAAAUACCGCCGCUUCGGCCAGGCUCUCCAGAUAUCAGAAUGGAUGAGUGAGCAAAGGAACCAUAAUCUAUCAAAUGGAGAUAUAGCCAUUCGGCUGGAUUUGAUAUCGAAAGUUCAUGGCUUAGAACAAGCAGAGAAAUAUUUUAAUAGUAUUCCUCAAGAUUUAAGAGUUUCCCAGCUUUAUGGUGCCCUAUUAAAUUGCUAUGCUUACAAUAAAUCCUUGGAGAAAGCAGAGGAAAUCAUGGAUAAGAUAAGGGAGUUAGGAUUUGCAAAGACAUCGCUUCCGUAUAAUGUAAUGUUAAGCCUCUAUGCUCAGCUGGGGAAACAUGAGAAAUUAGACAUUGUAAUGCAAGAGAUGGAAGCAAAGGGCGUCAAUUUUGACAAGUAUACAUUCAACAUUAGGUUGAAUGCUUAUGGUGCCACUUCCGACUUAGAGGGAAUGGAGAAACUUCUAAUGAAGAUGGAAGUUGCUCAUGAUUUCAAAAUGAAUUGGAAUGCAUAUACUGUUGCAGCUAAUUGGUACUUGAAAGCUGGCUUAAUUGAAAAGUGUUGGACAAUGCUGAAGAGGUCAGAGCCUCUAAUUACUGGUAGAAGUAGAAUGAGACAGUUUGCUUAUGAAGUUCUGAUUACUGUAUAUGCUUCUACUGGUAAUAAACAUGAAGUGUGUCGUAUAUGGAAUUUGUAUAAGAAUAUAGGAAAAGUCUACAACUCAGGCUAUGUGUGCAUUAUAAGCUCUCUGAUGAAAUUGGAGGACAUUGAUGGUGCAGAGAAGAUCUUGGAGGAGUGGGAAUCUGCAGAUACAGUUUUUGAUGUUCGGGUACCAAAUAUUGUUAUCAGUGGUUAUUGCAGAAAGGGUCUUUUGGGAAAGGCUGAAGCAUAUGUAAACAGGCUUAUAGAGAGUGGAAAGGUGCCUGAAUCAACCUUAUGGGAUCGUCUGGCAACAGGAUACCAUGUUCAUGGUCAGAUGGCAAAGUCAGUGGAGACUAUGAGGAGAGCAAUCUUGGUAAGUCAACCAGGGUGGAAGCCCAACCAAUUUACUUUGGCAGCAUGUCAUGAGUAUUCAAGACAACAGGGAGAUAUGGAAGCAGCAGAGGAGUUUUUGAAAUUACUCAAAAAAAGGGGUGAAUCCGUAGGACAUAUUCAUGAUAAAUUAGUUAGUACUACUAACAAUGAAAGUCUUGGUGCCCAAGCCCUUGAUGAGAUGGAAACAGAGGAACAGAUUGUUGAUGGGGAAGCGUAUGAAAUCAUUGAGUCAAAGGAUGAAUGAAGCAGCUGAAUCAUUUGUACAGUGACUUACUAAAAAAAUAUUGUAUUAUCUUUCAAGAGAAUCAAUUAUCUGAAUUUGAAUUGGUCUCCCCUCUUGAAUUUGUCCGCCAUAUUUAUUUUCCACAAUGCAAGGAAAACACUGCCUUAUGCAUAUGAUAAUAUUGUCCAUUAAUUAUAUUGA